AUGACUGCUCCAGUUCCAAAGUGGUACAAGUCCCAUGACGCCCCAGUUGCUAAAAAGACAAGAAAGGCUGUCAGACCACAGAAGCUAAGAAAGUCUUUGGUCCCAGGUACCGUUUUGAUCUUGUUGGCCGGCAGAUUCAGAGGUAAGAGAGUUGUUUACUUGAAGCCUUUGGAGGACAGCACUUUGCUCGUUUCUGGUCCUUUCAAGGUUAACGGUGUUCCUUUGAGAAGAGUCAACUCAAGAUACGUCAUUGCUACCUCCACUAGAGUUUCCUUGGAGGGUCUUGACUUGGCCAAGUUCAAUGUCGCUUACUUUGCCAGAGAGAAGAAGCCAUCUUCCAAGAAGUCCGAGGCUGAUUUCUUCAACGAAGCAGGUGCCAAGAAGGUUAUUAAGGCUGAGAGAAUCGAGGACCAGAAGACUGUCGACAAGUUCUUGAUCACUGAGGUUAAGAAGACUCCUCUCUUGAAGCAAUACCUUGCUACUUCUUUCUCUUUGAAGAACGGUGACAAGCCACAUGCUAUGAGAUUCUGA